GAGGCACCGGCAACUGGAGGCUCAAGAGGCGGCUCUGCUAGCUCGUGUAGUUCAUGGAGGCGAAGAAGAUAGAGGAGCUGACUGACGCCAAGAGAGGGAGCUGGGCGGUUAGCGGCGUGCUCGCCGUCGUCGUGCUGGCUGUGCUCAUCCUCAGUGGGCGCAACGUUGGAGCGCCUGUGGUGUGGGUUCAGACUGCAGCGGCCAGCUUCCGCCAAGGAUCCAAUGAUCUCUCCUUCUUGCACCCGCGGGCGGCGCACGGCGACAGGCUCUACGGCGGCCUCCUGGUUGACGGCUUCAACGAGGAAUCCUGCCACAGCAGGUACCAAUCCGCCAUGUACCGCCGGAACCUCGGCCGACGACCCUCCCCGUACCUAAUCUCCAAGCUGCGACGGCACGAGGCUCUCCAGCGGCGGUGCGGCCCGGGCACCGCCGCCUACAGCGACGCCCUGGAGCAGCUCAGGUCCGGCAAGAGCGCCGCGUCGCCGGAGUGCGCGUACGUCGUCUCCAUCUCGUACCGCGGCAUCGGGAACCGGAUCCUCGCCGCCGCGUCGGCGUUCCUGUACGCCGUGCUCACGGACCGCGUCCUGCUCAUCGACCCCAGCAACGAGAUGGACGACCUGUUCUGCGAGCCGUUCCCCAACACGACGUGGCUGCUGCCGCCGGGCUUCCCGCUGGCGGACUACACCAACUUCAGCGUCGACACCGCCGCGAGCUACGGGAAUAUGGUGAGGAACAAGGUGAUCAUCAGGAGCGACGACGGCGUCGCCGCCGCUGACGUUCCGACGCCCGCGUUCGCGUACGUCCAUCUCAACUACGACGCCACCAUCGAGGACAAUUCCUUCUUCUGCGGCGGCGACCAGAGGCUGCUCCGGUGCAUCCAGUGGCUGGUGAUGAGGACGGAUAGCUACAUCGUGCCCGGGCUCUUCCUUGUGCCGGAGUUCCAGGAGGAGCUCGACAUGCUGUUCCCGGAGCGCGACGCCGUGUUCCACCACCUCGGCCGGUACCUGUUCCACCCCAACAACCACGUCUGGGGUCUCGUCACGCGCUACUACGACACCUACCUCGCGUCGGCGCGGCAGCGGGUCGGCAUCCAAGUGCGCGUCUUCGGCGGCCUGCCGGACUCGCCGGAGCUCCUGGAGCAGAUCACCACGUGCACGCACAAGGCGGGCUUGCUCCCCCAAGUGCUCGCCGCCGGCGAGCCGACCCUGCCAGCGUCCCGAGCCAAGUCUAAAGCCGUCCUCGUCACCUCCCUCAAGUCCUGGUACUACGAGAAGCUGAAGAGCAUGUACUGGGAGCACGCGACGGCCACCGGCGAGGUGGUGAGCGUGCACCAGCCGAGCCACGAGGAGUACCAGCGCUCCGGCGCCAGGUCCCACGAGCACAAGGCGUGGGCCGAGAUCUACCUGCUCAGCCUGACCGACGUGCUGGUGACCAGCGGGAGGUCAACGUUCGGGUACGUCGCGCAGGGGCUCGCCGGCGUGAGGCCGUGGGUGCUGUACAAGCCGGCGAACAGCUCCGCCGUGCCGGACCCGCCGUGCGGCCGGGACGUCUCCAUGGAGCCGUGCUUCCACAAACCGCCAGGCCACGAUUGCCGGCUCAAGCAGUGGGCCGACCCCUCCAAGGAUGUGCCGUACAUCCAGCACUGCGACGACGCGAUCUGGGGGCUGAAGCUUGUUGGCCAGAACACAUAGGAUGCCGCGUCGGGGUCGAGGUGGCAACGUGAACGUCACGUGUCAAGGACCCAAGAUGUAUUUUACUUUGACAUGGUAAAAGUUAACGUUUGACUAUGUUUCUCAUGGGUAUAAGUUGUUCAA